AUGGAGCCGGUGCCCCGCGAGGAGAAGCCUAACCCGCUGCAGGAUGCCAACCUCUGCUCCCGGCUCUUUUUCUGGUGGUUGAAUCCCUUAUUUAUUACCGGCCAUAAACGGAGGCUUGAAGAAGAUGAUAUGUAUAAAGUGAUGCCAGAAGAUUCCUCAGAGAAGCUUGGAGAGGAAUUGCAGUGGUACUGGGAUAAAGAGGUGCAAAAAGCAAAAAAGAGAGGAAAAACACCACAUUUAACAAAAGCCAUUAUUCUGUGUUACUGGAAAUCCUAUUUAGUGUUUGGAAUUUUCACAAUGAUUGAGGAAACUCUCAAAAUAAUUCAACCAAUUUUUUUGGGGAAAAUUAUUAAUUAUUUUGAAAACUAUGAUGCCUCAGAUGAGGUAGCUUUGAAUUUUGCGUAUUGCUAUGCAGGUGCUCUGUCUGUGUGCACACUUAUUCUGGCUAUCAUGCACCACUUAUACUUCUAUCAUGUGCAGCGGGCUGGCAUGAAGCUGAGGGUGGCUAUGUGUCACAUGAUUUAUCGGAAGGCACUUCGUCUCAGUAAUGUAGCUAUGGCGAAAACUACCACUGGUCAAAUAGUAAACCUGCUGUCAAACGAUGUGAACAAAUUUGAUCAAGUAACAAUUUUCUUGCACUUCUUGUGGGCUGGACCACUUCAAGCUGUAGCAGUAACAGUACUUCUCUGGAUGGAAAUAGGCCCAUCAUGUCUUGCAGGAAUGGCAGUUCUGAUUAUUCUUCUUCCUGUGCAAACGUGCAUUGGGAGGCUUUUUUCUUCCCUCAGAAGCAAGACAGCUGCCUUAACCGAUGUCAGGAUUAGGACCAUGAAUGAAGUGAUAAGUGGUAUGAAGAUAAUAAAGAUGUACGCUUGGGAAAAAUCAUUUGCGGAACUUGUGAAUGGUUUAAGAAGGAAGGAGAUUGCCAUGGUUAUGAAAAGCUCCUACCUUCGAGGACUGAACUUGGCCUCGUUCUUUGUGGCAAGCAAAAUAACAGUGUUCAUGACUUUCAUGGCGUAUGUGCUUCUUGGCAACGUCAUCUCUGCGAGCAGGGUAUUUGUGGCAGUGUCCCUGUACGGAGCAGUGAGACUCACAGUGACCCUGUUCUUCCCUGCAGCUGUGGAGAGAGUGUCCGAGUCGGUGAUCAGCAUCCGACGGAUCAAGAACUUUCUGAUGCUUGAUGAGGUCUCACACUUCAAGCCACAACUGCAUGGCAGUAACGAAAAUAUCAUUCUUCACGUUCAAGAUUUGACUUGCUCUUGGGAUAAGAGUUUAGAAACUCCAACACUUCAACAAAUUUCGUGUACUGUCAGACGAGGGGAGUUACUGGCUGUGAUUGGUCCUGUAGGAGCUGGAAAAUCUUCGCUCUUAAGUGCUGUGCUUGGUGAACUGCCUAAAGACAAGGGUUUGAUAAAUGUUACUGGAAGAAUUGCCUAUGUUUCACAGCAGCCUUGGGUGUUUUCUGGCACUGUAAGAAGUAAUAUACUGUUUGACAAGGAAUAUGAGAAAGAAAAAUAUGAAAAUGUUUUAAAAGUCUGUGCUCUUAAAAAGGACUUGGAAUUAUUGGCAAAUGGUGACCUGACAGUAAUAGGAGAUCGUGGAGCUACUCUGAGUGGGGGACAGAAGGCCCGUGUAAAUCUGGCCAGAGCCGUGUAUCAAGAUGCAGAUAUCUAUCUUUUGGAUGAUCCACUGAGUGCAGUAGAUGCCGAAGUUGGAAGACAUUUGUUUGAGAAAUGUAUUUGUCAGGCCUUACAUCAGAAGAUUUCUGUUUUGGUCACUCACCAGUUGCAAUAUCUCCGUGCUGCAAAUCAGAUUCUAAUUUUAAAGGAUGGUAAAAUGGUGGGGAAAGGUACCUAUGCAGAGUUCCUGAGAUCUGGCAUCGACUUUGCUUCCCUUUUGAAAAAAGAUGAAGAGGUGGUAGAACAGCUGUCAGUUCCAGGAACCCCCAACCUGAAGUCUGCCCGGAACCGAACCUUCUCGGAGUCCUCUGUCUUGUCCCAGGAUUCAGCCGCCCACUCACAGAAAGAUGGAGCCGUGGAACAACCAUCUGGUGAAAAUGCACUGGCUGCAGUGCCAGAGGAGAGUCGCCAUGAGGGAAAAAUAAACUUUAAAGUUUACAGAAAAUACUUCACUGCAGGAGCAAACUACUUUGUGAUUUUUAUACUCUUGUUAUUUAAUAUUUUGGCACAGGUGGCCUAUGUGGUCCAGGACUGGUGGCUUUCUUACUGGGCAAAUCAUCAAAAAAAGUUGAAUCUCACAACAAAUGGAAAUAAUGGAACAAAUAAGCCUGACUGUCUAGACCUUAACUUCUAUUUGGGAAUUUAUGCAGGUUUAACAGUGGCUACAAUACUAUUUGGCAUAAUAAGAAGUCUUCUGGUGUUUCAAGUUCUUGUCAAUUCUGGUCAGAAUUUGCACAACAAAAUGUUUCAAUCCAUUUUGAAAGCUCCUGUCUUGUUUUUUGACAGAAAUCCUGUAGGAAGAAUCUUAAAUCGUUUCUCCAAAGAUAUUGGCCACUUGGAUGACUUGCUUCCAUUGACAUUCUUGGACUUCGUGCAGACUCUCCUACAGAUUUGUGGUGUGGUGGCUGUGGCUGUAGCAGUGAUUCCUUGGAUACUCAUCCCCUUAAUUCCACUAUUUAUUCUUUUCAUUUUUCUUCGACGAUAUUUCUUAGACACUUCAAGAGAUAUUAAACGUCUAGAAUCCACAACUCGAAGUCCAGUGUUCUCCCACUUGUCGUCAUCCCUCCAGGGGCUUUGGACUAUUCGGGCUUUGAAAGCAGAGGAAAGAUUUCAAAAAUUAUUUGAUGCACACCAAGACCUCCACUCAGAGGCCUGGUUUCUCUUCUUGACAACCUCAAGGUGGUUUGCUGUGCGUCUGGAUGCCAUCUGUGCCAUUUUUGUUAUAGUGGUUGCUUUUGGUUCCCUGCUUCUUGCCAACACUCUGAAUGAGGGGCAGGUUGGUUUGGCGCUUUCCUAUGCAAUCACCCUCAUGGGAACGUUCCAAUGGGGUGUUAGACAAAGUGCUGAAGUUGAAAACCUGAUGAUAUCAGUAGAAAGAGUGAUGGAGUACACAGAACUUGAAAAAGAGGCUCCUUGGGAGACCAACAAACAUCCACCACCAGAGUGGCCUAACCAAGGAAUGAUAGCAUUUGAGAAUGUUAACUUCACUUACAGUCUAGACGGACCAUUGGUUUUAAGACAUUUGUCUGUUUUAAUUAAACCAAAAGAAAAGCAGGCAUUGCUGCAUACAUGUGAGUCUCAGGCAGUGGGUAAUUGCCCUCUGGUGUCUGUUGGAAUAGUGGGAAGAACCGGAGCUGGGAAAAGCUCUCUGAUAGCAGCCCUCUUUCGCUUGGCAGAACCUGAAGGAAGGAUUUGGAUUGAUAAGUACUUGACAUCAGAGCUGGGACUCCAUGACCUGCGGAAGAAAAUUUCAAUUAUACCUCAAGAGCCUGUUUUAUUCACUGGAACUAUGAGGAAAAACUUAGAUCCUUUCAAUGAAUACACUGAUGAAGAGCUGUGGAACGCCUUGGAAGAGGUGCAACUGAAGGAGGUUGUGGAAGAUCUACCCAACAAAAUGGAGACACAGCUGGCAGAAUCUGGAUCUAAUUUUAGUGUUGGUCAGAGACAGCUGGUGUGUCUUGCCAGAGCAGUUCUAAAAAAAAAUCGUAUUCUUAUCAUUGAUGAAGCAACAGCAAAUGUGGACCCAAGAACAGAUGAGUUCAUUCAAAAGACGAUCCGUGAAACCUUUGCUCACUGCACAGUGCUGACCAUUGCACACCGCUUGAACACCAUUAUUGACAGUGAUAGGAUUAUGGUUUUAGAUGCGGGAAGACUGAAAGAAUAUGGUGAGCCUUAUAUUUUGCUGCAAGAACAAGACAGCUUGUUUUACAAAAUGGUGCAACAAGUGGGCAAGACUGAAGCGGCUUCUCUGAUUGAAACAGCAAAACGGGUAUACUUCAGUAAGAAUUACCCAGAAGUUGUUCAGAAUGGUCAGCUUGCCACAGACUCCUCCUUGGAUCCUUCCUCAGGAUUAUGCAUAACUGAAACUGCACUGUGAUUCCUCAUUGCCUUAACUGUUCUCUGUAGAAUGUAAACCUGAGAUCAUCUAAACUCAGUGGCAAUGUUUGCAAGUGUCAAUGGGAGAGCAAAGGGAGGAGGGCAGUUCUUUGCACUGGACAUCCUUCCUAUUUAAUACUGAGAAGAAAAUUUAUAUUGUCCCUGUUUCUUUCAUUUCAGUGCAAUAUGUUUUUUCUUUCCAACUAAUUAUGUUUGUAUUGCUAAGGAAAUUAGGCAGAUUCAGUUUUUGCUUGAAAGUUAUGUGGUAGAGAUCUCUUUUAUUUAAAAGGUGCAGGACACCUAACAGGUCUAGUGUGCAUAUUUGGAGCUUAGUAAAAUAAUUGGAAUGUGUCCUUUUUUCUUUUAGAAAUAUUUUGAGAGCAAGA